AUGACGGCACAGCACAAUGUCAAUAAACUCGCCUUCCUAUCGAUGGAAGCCCCGCCCGGGUAUGUUGCUGGUCUGGGUCGUGGAGCGUCCGGGUUCACCACUCGGUCCGACAUUGGUCCGGCGCGUGAAGGACCCUCCGCCGAGACAAUUGCGGCUGCGAAGGCCAAACGUGGUGACAUACCAGACGAAGGGGAUGGUGGAGUGGACGAUGAGCAGUUCCAGGAUCCGGAAAGCGAGACGGGCCUUUUCGCUGGGAGCGUCUAUGAGAAGGAUGAUGAGGAAGCGGACGCGAUUUGGGAUCGAGUCGACAAGCAGAUGGAAGAGCGACGGCGCAAACAACGAGAAGCACGGGAGAAAGAAGAGCUGGCGCGAUAUAGAGAAGAACGACCAAAGAUCCAAGCACAAUUUGCCGAUCUCAAACGUGGACUCAGCAACGUCACCGAGGAAGAAUGGGCCGAUUUACCGGAGGCCAGCAACCUCACAGGAAAACGACGGAAAGCCAUGGCCAAACGAGAAUCCCGAAAUACGUCUGAUUAUGUCGUACCCGACUCUGUCCUGCUGAGCAACAGAGACCGUGGUGCAAUGGACACGAGUAUCUCUGCGUCUGAUGGAGAAGCAUCUUCUUUGGCAGGCGUCGACUCAGGAGCAGUGACGUCGCUGACCGAGAUUGGUGAAGCGAGAAACAAGAUCUUUUCUCACAAGCUAGACGAGGCAUCCUCUAGCAACAAAUCAGCAGCCGACGGAGCAGCUAGCAGCAUCGAUCCCAAAGGCUACCUUACAGAACUCUCUUCGGUCGUCACACGGACUUCUGCCGAGAUCGGUGAUAUCAAAAAGGCUCGCAGCCUGAUGGACAGUGUCAUCAAGACCAAUCCGAAGCACGCGCCAGGGUGGAUUGCCGCUGCUCGUCUGGAAGAGUACGCGGGUAAAAUGGCAAUCGCGAGAAAGGUGAUCGCGCAAGGCUGCGAGCAAUGCCCUAAGAGUGAGGAGGUCUGGAUUGAGGCCGCCCGGCUUAACACGCGAGACAACGCAAAAGUCAUCCUGGCCAGAGCCGUGCAGCACCUGAGUCAGAGCGUCAAAAUCUGGCAAGCGGCAGUCCAUCUGGAAAACGAUGCGGAGAGCAAGAAACGUGUGCUGCGCAAGUCCCUUGAGUACAUUCCGAAUUCUGUCAAACUCUGGAAGGAGCUGGUCAACCUCGAAGAAAAUCCAGAAGAUGCGCGUGUUCUGCUCUCGGGGGCUGUUGAAGCCGUUCCUACAAGCGUUGAGCUGUGGCUUGCACUCGCUCGACUCUGUGUGCCGAAAGAAGCGGAAGCGGUGCUGAAUCGAGCACGAAAGACGAUCCCAACUUCGCAUGAGAUCUGGAUCGCUGCGCUACGGCUGAUGGAGGAGCAAGGGCGGCCAGAAAAGGAUCUGGAAUCGAUCAUGGCGCGCGCAGUCGCCAUCCUGCAGCGCAAUGGCGCCGUGCUAAAUCGAGAGCAGUGGUUCAGGGAGGCGGAGAAGGUCGAGCGGGAAGGUGGUCCGCUAACCAGUGCCGCAAUCAUCAAGGCCACCAUCGCACUGGAUGUUGAUGAGGAAGACAGGCAGACAGUCUGGGUGGAAGAUGCACAGGCGGCAGUCGAGAAGGGCAACAUCGAAGUCGCGCGGACCAUUUUCUCCCAUACGCUCGCCAUCUAUCCAUACGAGCCCAGCAUAUGGCGGCAAGCGGCGGAAAUCGAAAAGAAGCACGGCACACGCGAGACGAUGGAAGACAUGCUGGAGAAGUCCGUCACCAACUGUCCGAACGACGAAGCGCUGUGGCUCAUGUACGCCAAGGAACGCAGACUUGCCGAUGACCUCGACGGCGCACGUGCGGUUCUCGCACGCGCUUUCGACAAGAACAUGGGCUCUGAGGAGAUCUCUCUCGCCGCUGCCAAGCUCGAAGCCGAGAAUGGAGACAAGGAGGCUGCGGGGCUCUUGCUGCAGCGCGCGCGCCAGGAAGUCGGCUCAGCGCGCGUGUGGAUGAAGAGCGCGGCCUUCGAGCGGGCAGAGGGACGCAAGGAGUCGGCACUGGCACUUGUCGAAGAAGCAUUGACCAAGUAUCCGAAGCAUGAGAAGCUGCAUAUGAUGCAUGGCCAGCUCCUGCUCGUGGUGCGACCAGCCAAGGAGGGGGAGAACAUCCGCGCGGCGCGAUCGGCGUACGCGCGAGCCGUCAAGGAUUGUCCCCAGUCCGUUGCGCUGUGGAUCCUGUCCUCGCGGCUGGAGGAGCAGGCGAGCCUGGCGAUCCGUGCGCGUGCACUGCUCGAAAAGGCGAGGCUGGCCAACCCGAAGAACGAGCGGCUGUGGGCGGAGAGUGUGGCGGUCGAGGAGCGCGCAGGGUCACAAGCACAAGCGAAGACGAUGCUCGCGCGCGGCCUGCAAGAGUGUCCGCGCUCGGGCUUGCUGGCGACGCAGGCGAUCUGGUACGAGCCGAAGCCGAAGCGACGCACCGCGUCGGCGGACGCGCUGCGCCGCUCCGAGAACCACCCGCAGGUGGUAUCGUCCGUCGCGCGGCUGUUCUGGAACGAGCGGCUGCUCGAGAAGGCGCGCGCGUGGUUCGAGAAGGUGGCGCAGGCGGACCCGGACUGGGGCGACGGAUGGGCGUGGUGGUACAAGUUCGAGCAGCAGCAUGGGACGGACGAGAUGCGAGCCGUGGUGCUCAGGCGCUGCGUCAAUGCGGAGCCAAGGCACGGAGACGAAUGGCAGAUUGCACUCAAAGAUCCAGAUGUGCAUCGCAGCACCGCACAGGUGCUUGCCAUCGUUGCGAGCAGACUGCAGCUCGUGAGCUAG